UCUCUCUCUAUAUAUAUGCGUCGGUGUUGAAGCCACUCAACUGAAGAAUUCGAGAGCGGGAACGUUAUCCCGCGCCUUUUUCGUCUCUUUCCCGCUUCCCAAAUCCCCACAAACCCUAGCUCCUCGUUCCCCUUCGAUCCGCUUGUUUUGGUUCGAGAGCGACCAAAUUCGCCUUGUUUUCUUGAAUCUGAUGGAUGAAUCCUGCGGGGAAGCGACGAUCGCCGGUUCUGCGAACCCUAAUCCUCCUUCCGAGGUGAAUCGGAAGCGGAGAUCCAUCCAGACGAAACUCCCAUGGGUUAAUCAAGCUCGAGGCGGUGGAGAUGUGUCCGACGGCGAGAACAAGCGGAAGACGCGGCGGAAACGGGAAUCUCUGCCUCAGGGUUCCAAGAAGUCUCUGGCUGCCUGCAAUGAAGCAUCCAAAGCAAAUAAAGGGAGUGGAAGAUCUUGUGUUUUAAACAAGAGAAGCCCAGAAAUAAAGCAAAAACAAGAAGAAGACGCAGAAACUUUAAAAGUCAGAAGCAGCAGGAGAUGCGAGGCUACUGAAUCCAAGUACAAAGGUCUAAAUGACAAUCAGAAAACUAAUGCUGCUUUUAAGGAUUCAAUAUCUAGUGGGCUUGAAUCGAAGGAGUUAAGUUUGAGUUCUCCCACUGGCGUAGAAUUUAAUGCUACUGUGAAUCUUGAUGGAAGGCUGCAUCUUCAACAACCGGAUUUCAAUCUCCAGUUGGAGGGAAAUAUAGCAGUAAAGGAAAGUAUUGAAUUAUCAACUGGGAAACAAAUGCAUCAGUUUUUUACUUGUUGGGAAGAGACCAAGAGAGUAGCAAAAUCUAUAUCUGCGUCAAAUAGGGAAAAUUAUUAUUAUUCUGCUCAUGAUGAGGAUGUUUUCCUUGGUUCACCAAUUCACAUAUUUGACAAAGUGGAGGAUGAGUCUAUUGGAUUACAUUGGCAGAAUUGGGUUUUUAAAAACAAAACCCCAGAUUCAGAUGGUUCUUAUGACCCAAAACAUGCUUCAUCAGUCUUUGAGAGUUCAGUUAAGCCUUUAGAAUUGGAUACUGCCUGCCACUCACAGAGGCAUCCCAAUCAAAUGCUGGCUAAACCAAACCUUAUAACUUCGGUAGUAGCCUCUUCUUCAUUGCCAGAACACGAGCAAGUGGGCCAACUUGUGACAGAUAAUGGUGGGAACAGUAGCAACAGCACCAGCAGCAUAUAUCUACCAUUCAGAUGUAGCAAUAGCUUAGUUGACAUGGAGACUGAGAAGGAUUGCAUGUUAGUAAAAGAGAGGUUGGAUUCAUACAAUCUGCGUCGUGGUAAUUUCCCUGAAAGUAGCUUAUGGACAGACAAGUAUCAGCCAGAAAAUACCUUAGAGUUGUGUGGAAACAUCAAGUCUGUUAGGAUUCUUGGUGAAUGGCUUAAGUCUUGGGAUGAAGGUCCAAGGAGCAAUAGAAGUUUUAAUAGCUCUGUUAAGGAUGGUCAUCAUAGUUCUUAUGAUAUCGAAUCAUAUAUGGAUGAUACAGAUGAUGAAGCUGUUCGUAAGAAUGUCCUCUUGCUUACUGGUCCAAUUGGGAGUGGGAAAUCUGCUGCAAUACAUGCUUGUACCAAAGAACAAGGUUUUGAAGUAAUUGAGGUUAAUACGUCUGAUGUCCGGAGUGGAGCCCUCAUGAAACAAAAGUUCGGGGAUAGUAUAGAAGCAUCUGCAAUUACCCCAUCCCUAUGCUUGAAGGACAAUCCAAUUGGUGAGAGAAAGAAAAUUAUUCCAGCCCUCUCAUCUGGCAUCAUAGACAUUGAUGACACUGAUGAUAGCUUUUCACAAAGGACCUCAGAAAAUUGUCAGCAAGGUAAAAUUGCUACAGGAGGCACUCAGAAACUUGUGGAAAAGAAAAACACAAAUUCUUGGAAAGUAAAAGGAUCGAUACAAGUCUUUGAAGAUGUGGAUGUUGUGUUUUGUGAAGAUAUGGGCUUCAUUUCUGCUGUUCUUCAACUAGCAGAAAAAACCAAAAAGCCCAUUAUACUGACAAGCAAUGACAAGAAUCCGAUUUUACCACAUUUGGAUCCGCUAAUUGUGGAUUUCACUGUUCCAUUAUAUGAGGACCUACUUUCCCAUGCACAAAUGGUUUGUGCUGUGGAGGGGAUUCACAUGUCAUCUGAGUUACUUGAGAGAUUGAUUAGCUAUUGCCGAGGUGACAUCCGCAAGAUGCUUAUGUUUCUUCAGUUCUGGUGUCAGGGCACUAGAUGCCAAAUAGAUGACAGUAAACGGUGCACCUACAAUCCAUUGCCUUUUGAUGUUAGCGCUGCUCAUUUGAUAAUGCCGAGGGUAAUUCCUUGGGACUUCCCCUGUGAUCUUUCAGAAAAGAUUGAAGAGGAGAUCAGUGGUAGUAUUUCUUUAUUUGAGAACUUAUGUCUAGAGGAUGCCAAAGAACACAUUCUCUGCACAAUAGAAAUGAUUGAUUCUUCAAAGAUUGGCAAUUACAACAGAAACAGAAAUAGUAAGAAGAGCAUUUUGAAGCAGAAAUGUUCCUUUCCUGAGUUUACUGAUUUUUCAGUUGAUGCCGAUCGUCUUGAAGACUUUUUAGAUGCUUCAGAUACUCCUGAAGAAUUGGCUCAGCAAAGAGUGAAGCGCAGACGUUGCAUCAUUUUGUCUUCACAAUCUGAUGAUGACCCAAGCACUGAUGAGGUUCUGCCUAGGGAAAACAUCACAGUCAAUCAUAACAGUCUCAUUUUGCAUGACAUGAGAAUGCCAAUUAAUAUAGAUGUGAAAGAAGUCCAUAAUCAAGCUAGGCCAUCUUCCAGUAUGGUAUGUGAGUCUAAAAUGGAGGACACAAUUUGCGAUACAUCUGGAUUACAGGAUGUCUCAUGUGUUCCAGAAUCAUCAUUUGCUUGCGCGAUUGAUGCUAACAAAGAGGUUGACAGUCUAUCUGUGCCAGAUUAUGCCAGCCAGACAUCUGUUAACUUGUCUGAUUGUCCUUUAGUUCCAGUUCAUUCUAGAGCUGAUAUUGACUAUAUGAAUGAUUCAGUAUCUGAAUCAAAUAAACUCUCAGAGGACAAUAUAGGAUACAACUGUGAGGUGUAUCUAGAAUCAGUUUAUGGAGAUGAGGAUGUAGUUAUGUCUCAUGAACAUGAGGAACCACAAGCACUGAGUAGAUCUGUAGUAAUGGAUGAGUCUGGUCAUGUUGGUUCAAACAUGUUGGCACCUAUCAAAUCCUCUACUCCUGUUCAGCAGAAGUGGCAGAAACUCAAAAGUUGCCGUGAGGAUCUGAAGUCCUGUUUAAACUCUAAUCAUAAAGAUGCUUAUUCUAUAAUCAAACUUUCUUCUCAACUUACAGAUCUAAUAUCUCAAACUGAUGUUAUGAUCAAUGGCUGCAACGCUGUGUUUAGUGACAUUUUGGACAGAAGUAUAAUGCUGUCUGAUGGAUCAGAUGAUUUCUCUCGGGAUGAUAGACAGUUUGAGAUGGGAUCCACAUAUGCUCAGCAUGGCUUUUGUUUCUAUGCAAAUAAGUGUGCUGCAACUGGAUCAAGUUUUGGUUCUCAGACCACAUUGGAUUUAGCACAUGAAAUGUUGGCUUCAAGCACUAAUGUAAUGGCUCUGGGCAAGCUGCUGACCACUCCCAAUUUGUCCUGGAAAGGAACUUUGGUGAUGGAGACAAUGAAAAUUGGUUCUGAGGGAAGGGAAUUGGAAUCUGAACUUUUCAACGCCAUCCUCCCAAAAGUCCCCACUCGUGUCUCUGUCAUUAAAAGGGCCUGCAUUCCUUGAGUAUGCUUCUUUUAUGAGUCAGAUCUCAAAGUCUGUAGAUUCUCGGCUAGCUGAAAUCACAAAGGAAAAACAGGGAAGAAGGUUUCGGGCUCCUGUACAUUAUCUGAAUUCAGGGCAAUAUUCUUUGACAUCUGAGCAUGUCAAAUUGCUGUCUCAAAGCUUUUGUUUUAAAGAGAGUGCGGUAGUUAAUAUGUGAAGGGAUUGACUGAAGGAUUACUCAACAGGUGUAGUAUUAUUUAACAUGCUUUAUCCCUUAUAAAAUAAGGGGCUGUUUUAGAUGAGAGUGAAAGUGAUGGGCAAGAUGUUGAUCUUCUGGCCUAAUCCUGGACACGGGAGAGAGAGGUAACCUACUAUAAGCCAUUGCGACCAUUUUUCUUCAACUAUAAAAUGUAAUUGUCAAUCAUUUAUGAUUCAAUCAUUUUUUUUUUUUAAUUUA